AUGGGCAUCACAUUCUCUGACUUGGAAGCAGUCUGGAUGCUCCUGCAUGGGCUUCCUGAGACCCCGCAAUGGGUCGUCUUCCAGAGCCUCACCCUUGGACUCUACAAACCACCAGUAACCACUUCCUCAUCGACCACUACUUCCUCCAUGACUACAACUGCUCCUUCUGUCUCCUUUGAAGAUGUCGCAGCUGCAUUCACUGAAGAGGCCAACAGGCAGUGUGGCCAUCAGAAACUGGCUUGA